GCGAUCUUCAGUCAGUAAACCAGACGAUCUGACCGCAGGAGCACUUGUCCAGCAAAAAUGAGGUCGAUUCUGGUGCUGGCGGCGCUCCUGGCAAUAGCUAGCCUGGCCAUCGAAGGAGCCGACAUCCAGACGCCGUUGAGGGUCGGGGCUUGGAACGUCCAGCGCCUCGGGCAGACCAAGAUGGGCAAGCCGGAGGUGGUUUCCAACAUGGUUCAGGUACUCCGCAGGUACGAUAUUGUGGCGGUGCUGGAGGUGCGAGACGUCUCAGAAGAAACGCCAGUCCUCCUUCUAGACGCUCUCAACAGCGGACUGAGUGAUCCGUACAGUCUCUCACUGUCUGCGCGCGUGGGAAGAAGUUCGCAAAAGGAGCAGUACGCCAUCUACUACAAGCCUUCGAGGGUGACUUUGGUGUCCACCUACCAGUAUCCGGACACGCCCGACGCCUUCGAGUACGAUCCCUACGUGGUCGUGUUCAGGGAUUCGAACGAGCUGACGUUCGGAAUGGUCUCGAUCCACACCAAACCCACCGACGCCGUGACGGAGAUCGACGCGCUGGUGGACGUGUAUGAUGACUUUAGAUCGCUUCCAGGGGGCGUUGAUGACGUCCUCAUCCUGGGCGACUUCAACGCGGGCUGCGACUACGUGACGAGCAACGACUGGGCCAACAUACGACUCCGGAGCCAAGGGUCGCGCUUCAAGUGGCUCAUCUCCGAUCACGUGGACACGACCGUCAAAGGCACGACUUGUCCUUAUGACAGGAUCGUGGUGUCGGGAUCCAGCCUACAGAACGUCGUGUACUCAGGCUCCGCUGAACCCUACUACUUCGAUGAGGAGCUCGGACUCACCGAUCAGACGCUGAUUGAGGACAUUAGCGACCACUACCCCGUGGAGGUCCGUCUGCGAGGUGCUGUGGCCCCGGGGGUGUUGGCAGCCACGACUCCCAACAUCGCCAUUGGUGUCAGCUUCAACACCACUGCGUCGGCCAUCGCGAGCAUCACCGGAAACCUCGAAUGCGACCAGGAUCUUGUGCUCUACCGUUGGAAGGUAGACAGUUUAGAAACGGCCAAGGAUUCGAUUUCGAGUUUCGCUUCCGACAAGAGCGCUCUCGUGCCCCCCGAGGCGGUGUCCGUGCUGGCCUACAAGCUCGACGAGGGCGCGAUGGCAGACCCCACGUUAUAUGGCGACGGCCUCAGCUCUCCCGAGUACACGAUCACCCUGUUAUGCUCAGUUUCCCAGGCUUCAUGCUCACUCUCCGUCACCGCCCCGACGCUGGUCAACUGAAGCGAGCAAUAUUGCAGAGUGACGACGAUGCAACGGCAGGGCGGGAGAGAGACGAGGGAUCGAGUUUUAUAAAGGAACAGCGACCUGGAGGGUGAGAGAGGCAGAAAGGUAUAAAAAAGAAAGAUAAAAAUAACUAGUGUAGAUCAGAGGGCAUUGCAAAAGCUUGGGAAGGGAAAAAAAAUGAAAACUACAAAGCAUUUACAUGGACUUUUGGAGCUAAAGGAACUACGCGACAAGUAAACUAAAAAAGACUGGGCAAAAAUGAAAUGGACAUAUAUGUUUUGAACCGCCACUACAAACACGAACGAGCCAAAGAAGAAGAAAAAAAGAAAAAGAAGAAAAAACACAUGACAAACCCCAGGAAAGCGAUUCUGUGCUGUCGUAUUUUCUAUCGGUAAAACGUCGCAUGAAAAGUAUCUGAAAGAUUUUUUUUAUAUAGUUUGGUGGAAAUGAAAGUUGUGAAGUUGGAAAUCCCAUAUAUUUUCCAAUAUUUUUUGGGGGUCGGAAGUCUUCAUAUCAAAACUUUUUAAAAACAUUUUUUUUGUUCUCUUUCUCACUUUACUGAGUUCAUGAAUAAAUAUCUUGCAAUUCA